AUUUAAAUCCUGUGGAACGGAAACAGUCUCCUUUAAAUCUGUUGACGACUUGGCUGUGAAAUAUAUUAAAGAGUUCUUCCCAGAGAUAAUAAAGGAGAAGAAAUUCAAUUUGAAAAAUGAAGAUGAUGCCCUGAUUUUAAUCUCCCUGCUUAUGUACUCAACAUGUAUCAAGUUAAAGAUUGAAGAAUUCGUUACAAAAACCUGUUCAAUCAAGUUGGAAAAUAAUCAUGAAGAGAUACUUAAGCAAUUUUUUGAGUUGAUGCUCAAAAUUGAAAAUGGACUUUUCACAAGAAAAAACAUAAUGAAUAUCAUUCAGCAAUGCUUUGAGCCUGAGGUUGUACCUGUUGGAAGAGCAUCUCUCUCACCUUCACAAAAGAAUUGUCUUAAAGAAUUUCUUGGGUCACCAUCUCUUCAAGAAAAAUACAAAAAGAACAAAGAGGUAAAUGAUGUCAGACAUCUUAAUCAAUUACUUCAAGAGGAAAACGCUGAAUUGUUGUCAGAACGAGACCUUCUGUCAACAAAGAAUCAACAACUUGAUUCAUCUGUACAAAAGCUUCAAAUUCAGCUGAGCGAAAAAACGCAAGAAAUUAUUUCCUUAAAGGAAGAGUUGAAGCUGCAUGAAGACAGAGGCACCACUCAAAAUGCACUCAAUAAAAUUGAAAAACAGUUUAAAGAAGAAAUUGAUCAACUUCAAAAAGAAUUAAAAGAAAUGCAAUCAGAGCAUGAGCAUUUGCAGAACGAAAAAGAAAAAUACAUUUGGCUGAAUAGUGACCUGAAACAAGCAUUGAAGGAGAGAGAAGAUGAACUUGUUGAAAACUUCAAACUAAAUGAUCAACUACAACUCAAGCUGGAAGAUCUAGAAUCAAAAAACAAAGCCCUUGAAACUUCAGUUAAAGAUCUCAACCAAAUUAUAGAACAGCUUGAAGAAAAGUCCCCUCUAAAGGCCUUGAAUAUUUCUGGUCCCAGGGUAGAAGAGAACCUUGGGCAGGUUCUAUGUGAUUUAGAGCUUAAAGAGAAAAAAGUAGAAAUCGAACAACUUAAGAAAAAACUGGAUUCGUUAGAACUUGAGUGCAGACAAAAGGAAGAAGAGGUUUCUCAACACGUAGAAACUGAGAAAAAACUCCAAGAUGAACUCCAAUCCAAGUGUGAGACAAUCGAUAUUCUGACUUGCACCCUAAAUGAAUUGAGGGACCAACUAAAAGUUUGUGAAAAAGAACUACAAGACCAAACAAAUAUUGCUAAAGAUCUGAGAACCAAAAGUGAAACAACGGAACGAGAUCUAUUAGCAAUCCAAGCUAAAUAUAACGAGCUGGAAGUACAGCUGGCCGACUCUUUGAAAAUUGCAACCCAACUAAAUUGUGAAAUUGCUAACAAAGAUGAAAAGAUUGAGCAAAUGAAGAUGUCGAUGGAAACUCUGACUGAGGAGAACAAUGAUUGUCAAAUGAAAAAUACUGAACAGGUAAGGAUUUUUAUUCAAUUUACUGUUGUUGUGACUGGUCUAGUGGGGUUUUACCGCUACCGCUAUCGCUGGAUUCUGGACCUGGACCUGGACUUCCUGGUGUCUCGUCCUACCUACUAUCGCUGUAUCGACUAUCGUUUCAACCUACCGAGGAUCUACAUUGUUGAAGGACCUCGUGUGUGCCUUAGCCUAUGGACUAUCGUGGGUCGACCCAUUCGUACCAAAAAACUUGAAGAAUGUGAGGAAAAAUAUUCUGAUCUCUCUUCAUUAGUUGAUGAGUAUGAUGGAAAUGGGAAAGAUAGCGAAGGUCAACGACUUAUUGCCCGACUGGGACAUCUUACUCAACGCAUUGAUAGAAUUCCCUUAAAUGAGACUAAUAAGGAGGAAUUUGAGGAUAAACUUGUAGAAUUAUUGGCAAAAAGUAAGAAAUUACUUGACUUAGUCACGAGUAAAGAAGAUAAAUCAAAUGUUGAUCCAUCUAGUGAAGAGGAAGAUCGUGAGAAGGAAGAAAGUGUCUCCAUGACGACAACGCCUUCAUAUUCAUCAUCUCAGAACAAAACAAAAUCCGUUCCAGUCUACAAGUGGGGACUUCGCUUCAAUAAUGAACAAGAACAAAGUGUAGCAGCAUUCCUUCAGCGAGUAGAGGAACUUAGAAGAGCUAGAGGAGUUAGCCAUCAGGAACUUUUCGAUUCAGCUGUCGAUCUUUUUGCUGGACCCGCACUGAAGGAAGAAAAAGAUGGAAAGAAAAAGGAAAGGCGUCCAUUUGAUCGCAACAUAGACCUGCAAGUUCACAGAUUUGAUGAGGCGCAGAAGAAGGCUAUAUUUAAAAAAGCUCAGCUUCUUGACACAAGAUUUUCAACUGGUGAAAGCAAAUUCUUGUAA